CAGAGCCCUAGGACCCCCUUCUCUGACCUACCUGAUGAUGAGAAGAUCUUUAACAGAGGAGAUGGCAUGUGGCAGAACCAGAGCCAGGAACAAGCCUUGCUCUCAGAAAUCACAGAAGAGGAUCUGGAGGCCAUUCGUCAGCGGGAAGAGGCCAUUCAGCAGAUUGAGAGCGACAUGUUGGAUGUGAACGAGAUCAUUAAAGACCUGGCCUCCAUGGUGCACGAGCAAGGAGACACAAUAGAUAGUAUUGAAGCCAACAUUGAGACUGCAUCUUCUAAUGUUGAAUCAGCCAAUGAGCAGUUGGCAAAAGCCAGUCAGCACCAA